GUCACAAAGUCCUUCAUGCAAUUUUUACUCAUUCGUUGGCUUCUCAGAAUCCAUUCUCCUCAACUUUAUAGCAAAUUUAUUAAUAUGGUGAUGAUGAACGGAGAAAAAUUUCUGGCGCGCACGAUUGUCUAUGGCGCUUUCGAAGAGAUCAAGCGGAUCCAGCUGAAAAAGUACUUCGCAGCGAAGACAGAUGCCGAAAGGGAAGCGAUUGAAUGCGACCCUCGUAAGAUAUUUCAUUCGGCCAUUAAAAACUGUACACCUGCCCUGAAGCUCACACCUGUCACUCGUGGCGGCAUUACUUAUCAGGUGCCUUGUUUCGUCCGGGACAAAGAAGCUCAGUUUAUGGCUCUGAAGUGGAUGGGUCGGGUCGUAAAGAAGAAACAGGACUUGCACCGGCAGUGCGAAACGAACCGUGCGUAUGCUCAUUACCGUUGGUCGUGA